AUGUCGUCCUCAACGUCGAUUGCACCCAUGGGCACCGGGGGCAGUGAAGGCAGCACUGAGGCCGUUUGGCCUGCGCCACCGGAGGAGGUGCUGGCGGCAACUCCUUCAGACACAGAAAGUGGACAGCGUGCUGAUGUUCCAGCAGAUCGGGGUGAAAGAAGACCCAAUCCUCUCUUGCUUCGGCUCACGAUGGAGGACGGCAAAGAGAAACAGGUCCCCGUCGAGUCUCACGGAAACCAGAGUCCUUGGACUAUGGAACCUUUGCUUCACGACAUGGAGGAUCUUCGCGAGAGCGGUUUUGUGCAGGUUACUCCAGAAGGGCUAGGAUACUCAAUCAUCGUUUCGCAGAACCCCGUUGAGUCUGCUCAGAAGAAGUCUUGGGUGUCCUUGAUCCUUAAUGGAAAGCCUUUGAAAGUUGCUGCUGUCACGAUUUGCUGUUUUGUCGGCAAGCUGACAUUGGAGUACUUAGCAGACGAGUUCCUGCGAAUAGCAGGCGAGUUCCUGCGAGAACCAAAAAAAAAUUCUUGA